CUUCCUCUCACCCCUUCUAUUUAUACACUUGAUCCUACCUCCCUCUUUCCUUCAUCUUCUUCAAUCAUCAAAAAAUUGACCCUAGAAGUUAAGGAAGAAAGCACAGUCCAACAAUGGAUGAGAUGAAAAAGGGAUCGACACUUGUGCUCCUUGUCUUGAUCGUGCUUCUAGUUACCAUACAUGCUCGCCCACCAGAUCAUGGUCGUCAAACUCAAUCACAUUAUAGGGUCGUACCAAACUUGUUGAAGCAUAAACAAGCGGAUACACUGCAAGUGGCUGGGUCGAGGUUACCGGAUUGUACCCACGCUUGUGGAUCUUGUACGCCAUGCCGGCUAGUUAUGGUGAGCUUUGUAUGUUCAUCCAUUGAAGAGGCCGAGACUUGCCCUAUGGCUUACAAAUGCAUGUGUCACAAUAAGUCCUACCCCGUGCCAUGAAAUGUUUGAUUAAUUCAAAUUUUGAAUCAGUUGAUGGUAGUUUAUUUUACCUCUCGUCACGUAAAUAAGUUUGUCUUUGUUUUCGAUAGUUGUUUUCAUGUGUGAAUUUAUUGUUUUAAAGGGUGCUUGCAAAUGUAGUGGUGGUUGUUUUCCUUCUUCAGAUGCAGCAAAGCUAUUUUAUCUAAUCGAAAUUUUUUAUUUUUUUAAGUUUGAUCCAUCGACAGAUAAUGAGAAUUUAAUCAGGAACACAUCGUUUAUUUCAUUA